CUAAUCAGCUGCCGCCUUUACUAGUCUUAUAUCUCUUUCUUAAGAAGAUUUCACUUAUAUACACUGACAAUAUAAUUUUUUCUUACGAACUCAUUUUGGUAGGUAAUCUACUUUGUUUUUCAACUUAAAAUCUCACUUUUUUUUGGGACAAUCACCCAUAAUUACUAUGUUUUAAGGGGUCGUUUGGUUCACUUACUAGUUAUGUGAGAUUUAUCAUGCAAUGAUUAUUUAUGCGGGACUUUAUACCGAGAUUAAUUGUACAUUUAAAAGUAAAAAUUCAUUCUACGCUGUCAAUGUAUAGUAGUUAAACUCUGAAAUGAACCAACAACUACAAUCCAUGAGUCUUCUUUCUCAGUCAAAAAUUGAUGCAAACAUGUUAAAACUUGGGGAAAAAUGCAUGUUUAACCUUCAUGCUAAGCAAGGUUAGGUGAAUGACAGCAACUUUGAACAUCAACAACCUUUGCAUAGUCUUUCCUUUUCAAAUUCUAACUCAAUCAGCUUAUUAUAGUAUAGAGUUAUUGAUUGCCAAAUGAAAAACUAGAACAAGAACACAAAUAGUAUCAACAUUUUGUGUUCUUUUUUCUCAUUUUUCUUUGAAACAUACAAUGCAACUCCUCAUAUCGCCGAGUUUGAGGCAUGUUACUGUCCUCCCAGCUAAAGGAUUCAAGGAGUUUGUCAAAGUAAAAGUUGGUUCGAGGAGAAUAUCGUACCUCAUGGUCUUCUAUUCGCUCCUGCUUUUUACGUUUCUUCUCAGGUUUGUCUUCAUGUUAACGGCUGAAGACACCAUAGAUGGAGAACGAAAAUGUUCAACGCUAGGGUGCUUGGGGAGAAAAAUUGGACCAAGGAUUUUGGGGACACAACUCGAAUCAACAGUACCUGAGGUGAUUUAUCAAGUAUUGGAGGAACCUACGGACCAGAUUGAAAUAGAAGAAGGGCCGGAAACUCCUCAAUCGUUGGAAGAGUUUAUGGAAGAAAUGAAGGACACAAGGCCAGAUGCAGAAACCUUUGCUGUCAAGCUUAAAGCUAUGGUAACCCUCCUUGAACAAAGAACAAGAACUGCCAAGAUCCAAGAAUACCUUUAUCGGCAUGUAGCAUCUAGUGGCAUCCCGAAACAGCUGCACUGCCUUGAUCUCAAGCUAGCACAUGAGCAUUCCAUCAACGCCAAUGCCCGUCUCCAGUUACCAUCACCGGAACUUGUUCCCGCCCUUGUUGAUAAUUCAUACUUCCAUUUUGUCCUAGCCUCUGACAAUAUUCUUGCUGCUUCUGUUGUUGCAUCAUCGCUUGUCCAGAACUCUUUCCGACCUGAGAAAGUUGUCCUUCACAUAAUCACGGAUAGCAAAACCUUCUCACCGAUGCAAGCUUGGUUUUCGUUACAUUCUUUGACACCUGCAAUCAUUGAGGUUAAAGCGUUGCACCAUUUCGAUUGGUUAACAAAGGGAAAGGUCCCAGUUCUGGAAGCAAUGGAGAAAGACCAAAAAGCAAGAUCACAAUUCAGGGGAGGGUCAUCAGCAAUUGUAGCGAAUACAACAGAAAAGCCCCAUAUCAUUGCAGCAAAGUUGCAAGCACUCAGUCCCAAAUACAAUUCUCUGAUGAACCACAUACGGAUAUACUUGCCAGAGUUGUUUCCCAGUCUUGAUAAGGUAGUCUUCCUGGACGAUGACAUCGUCAUUCAAACCGAUCUUUCAUCUCUAUGGGACAUUGAAAUGAACGGGAAGGUGAAUGGAGCGGUAGAGACAUGCAGGGGAGAGGACAAGUUUGUGAUGGCGAAGCGCUUUAAAAGCUAUUUGAAUUUUUCUCAUCCUCUCAUAUCGAAGAACUUUGAUCCUAAUGAAUGUGCAUGGGCCUAUGGCAUGAACAUUUUUGAUCUGGAAGCAUGGAGAGAAACAAAUAUAAGUGAGGCAUACCACUACUGGCUCGAACAGAACUUGAAGUCAGAUCUAAGUUUGUGGCAGCUAGGUACAUUACCUCCAGGACUAAUUGCAUUUCAUGGUCAUGUCCAUGCUAUUGAUCCCUUUUGGCACAUGCUAGGACUCGGGUACCAAGAUAACACGAGCAUCCCGGAUGCUAAGAGUGCUGGUGUGAUCCACUUCAACGGUCGAGCAAAACCUUGGCUAGAUAUAGCGUUCCCUCAACUUCGAUCCCUGUGGACAAAGUACGUUAACUUCUCCGAUAAAUUUAUCAGAACCUGUCAUAUUAGAGCAACUUGAAAUGAGCAAGGGAUUUGUUAACCAUGCUGCUUGUAACCAAGAAACCAAAUUUUGAGAGAGGUGACCCAUGUAUAGAAGGUCUCUCCACUCCCUGACGCGAGAUUGGCAACAACUCCCGGCCUGACAUUCUUGAACACCUCAAAGCUACUAUAAUUUCUGGUUCCCCAAAUGUAUUUUAUACUGUAGUUAGAUAUUAUACAAUGUACAUGGUGGAUUUUUUUCACCAAAAUAAUACUUGCAAAGAUAAUAAAAAAGGAUACUCAUCCAAUUCAAUUUA